GAUCUGAAUUCAAACCAACGUCGGUAGUCCAGCGAUCGAGAGAGCACACACAGCCUUCUGCUUAUCUAUAUAGCAGUUGAAGUCAAGGUGACAUCUGCUAUAGCCUCUCUGUGAGUUCUUGUCCGAGCGACGCAUUCCUGCAUUGACACGCUGACAUGCAAAUGAAUGACACGCAAGUAGGUGAGAAUGACAAAACAACUUCAAAGUUCAAUAUCCAUCCCAGCGGACGCUUGAUUCUGAUGCAAUGAGCACGUACCAUCGCGAUCAGAUAUAUACUCAGAGACACAAGUUCUUGGACAACUCAACUGCACUUCAACGUCAUCUAAGGAAUAUGGGUGAAUAUCACUCUCUUUCACCUCCCAGUCCUGUAACUGGAAGGGCUGGUAUCCUUGGCACAACAACCUGUUUACCCUAUCCGUACUCCUCCCUUUUCCUGUUCCUGAUUAGCCCCAGGCUCCGUCUGCGCUUGAGUUUUUGCGCCUGCCUACCAUGUGUAUUCAUCACCUUAUCGCCCAUCAUACCAUUUGCCUACACAGCGCCUCUGACCACUGAGACAAAUCCACUUCUUCACCACGCAAAUGGCAGGUCCGAAGAAGGAGCGAACAUAUCCGAACGCCCUGAGAGUGCCCUCCUUAGAGUUCUUGGGACUUUGGACCAGCCAGUCGCGAACCAGCAAAUGUUUCUCAAGAACACUUCGAUUGGCGGAGCUUUAGGCCGUGGUCCACAAGCCAUGGCGGGGAGAAUGGGGGGAUAUGCACCGCCUAAUAUAUACCAGGCAAGGCGGCCCGGCUAUGAAUGCUUGAUCAUGCGUCUCCGCGCUGCCACACCCGCUCGGAACCAUUCCCCCAGCCAUGCCACCCGCGUCGGCACAUCGGCACCGUGCCAGGCCAUGGCGUCGCUCCGCAUUUCGAAAUCGCCCAAUGCCGAUCCGAUUUUGGCCUUGCACCCUCCGGUUCGCGUCACUUACCUACAGUGCCCUACAUAUUACCACGAUCGACUAAGUUGUUUCCCCACACUGCUGCGAACCCACCCCCUUGGCCUCUUCGGCGGCCAACCGCCGUUCCUGCCUUGAUUGAGACGGCGCUCACAAGCGAGAUCUGAACAUAGAUGAAGAUGUGGGGAAGGGUGCCAUAUGACGGUGAUCUAUUACCCCAGACGCGUCGGUCCAAUGUGGAAGCAGCCAGCAUGCGUAUCUGG